GUCAGGUACAUGUCACAUUCACAUGACGUAAAAGAAGACAAACGCAUGUCUAUAGUCAUCUGUAAAGACCAAAAUAGCUGACUACUCAAUGCUAUAUGUGGGUUUAGCUUGUCAAUGAUAGUCUUUUAAAGUCAUCUGGAAAACAUCACAUAGAAAUGUAGCAAUAGCUCUUAAGGUCUUUGUUUACAUUUGUGCUUUAUGUCUGGUCAAGAGUUUCUUUGGUGUAAAAUACAGGUAUAAAUGCAGGAGUUUAACCAGACAGGUGGGCAGUUCAGCUUGGACAAGUUACACCAGCCACCGAGACCAUGGGCAGGGUUAUCUUCUAUGAGGACAGGAACUUCAUGGGGCGCUCCUGGGAGUGCACCGGUGAUUGUGCCGAUAUGCACUCUUACAUGAGCCGCUGUCACUCCUGCAGGGUGGAGAGCGGAUGCUGGAUGGUCUACGACCGCAACAACUACAUGGGAAACCAGUAUUUCAUGAGAAGGGGCGAGUACCCUGACUACAUGAGCAUGUGGGGCUGGGGCAACAACUGCAUCAGGUCCUGCCGCAUGAUCCCCAUGUACAGAGGAUCCUACAGAAUGAGGCUCUACGAGAGAGACAACUUCAUGGGUCAGAUGAUGGAGGCGACGGAUGACUGUGAUUCCUUCAUGGAUCGCUACCACUGGUCCAGCGGCUGCAUGUCCUGCCACGUGAUGGACGGCCACUGGCUCAUGUAUGAGUAUCCACACUACAGAGGCAGGAUGUGGUACUUCAGGCCCGGAGAGUACAGGAACUUCAGGGACUACGGUGGCAUGAGGUUCAUGAGCAUGAGGCGCAUCAUGGACUCCUGGUAUUAA